GCCGCCCGGGGGUGCCGCCGCCGCCGAAAGGUGCCGCGACAUGGGAGAACAGCCCAUCUUCACCACCAGAGCCCAUGUCUUCCAAAUUGACCCCAGCACGAAGAAGAACUGGGUUCCCGCAAGCAAGCAGGCUGUAACUGUUUCCUACUUCUAUGACAGCACGAGAAACAGCUAUCGGAUUAUCAGUGUGGAUGGAGCCAAGGUGAUCAUAAACAGCACAAUCACACCUAACAUGACCUUCACUAAAACAUCACAGAAGUUCGGCCAGUGGGCGGACAGCAGAGCCAAUACUGUGUUUGGUUUGGGCUUUCCCUCCGAGCAGCAGCUGACGAAGUUUGCAGAGAAAUUCCAAGAAGUCAAAGAAGCUGCCAAACUAGCAAGAGACAGAUCUCAAGAGAAAAUUGAGACCUCAAGCAAUCAUUCCCAGGAAUCUGGACGAGAAACACCAUCUUCCACUCGAGCAUCUAGUGUGAAUGGGACAGACGACGAGAAGGCAUCACAUGGUGGUCCUGCUGAGGCACAUCUCAAGUCUGAGAAUGAUAAACUAAAAAUUGCUCUAGCCCAAAGUUCAUCCAAUGUGAAGAAGUGGGAGACAGAGCUGCAGACGCUGCGGGAGAGCAACGCCAGGCUGACCACGGCGCUGCAGGAGUCCGCAGCCAGCAUCGAGCACUGGAAGAAGCAGUUCUCAGCCUGCAAGGAGGAAAACGACCAGCUCAGGAGCAAGAUUGAAGAACUGGAGGAACAGUGUAAUGAAAUAAAUAAAGAGAAGGAAAGAAAUGCGCAGCUGAGUAGACGUCUCCAGGAACUGGAAACAGAACUUCAGGACAAAGAGCUGGAACUGGAAGAGCUCCGAAAGCAGGGUGAAAUUAUACCUCAGCUAAUGUCAGAAUGUGAAUCUGUAUCUCAACAAUUACAGGCUGCUGAGAAAAAGAACAAAGAUCUUGAAGAGAAAGUCAGAACGCUAAGGACAGAAGUUGAAGAGAGCAAACAUAGGCAGACCAACCUUAAAACUGAAUUAAAGAAUUUUUUAGAUGUACUAGAUGGGAAGAUAGAUGAAUUACAUGAUUUCCGACAAGGACUGUCUAAACUUGGGGUUGACAACUAGAUGGCAAUAGAUUUUUUUUUGUAAUCUAGGGUCUGGAUGUUUGAUGUUUUGUUGAUCCCAAACGUGUGUUUUACAAAAUAUAACUAGAAUGUUCCACUUGUUUGCAUUGUUUUUGUACAUAGAGGCUGAAAAUUUGCUGUGGGGGUUUUUUGGUUUUUUGGUUUGUUUGUUUGUUUAUUUUCCAAACCAAUCGUGCUGCUCACUGAAUUCUGUUGAGAUUAGAAACUUUCUAUAUUGCUGCUCUGGCUUCGUGGAGUUGGGAACAGGUAGAGGGUUCUGUCUCAGGAAUCUGGAACUAGAUCUACCUUAAAAUGAAUAUGCAGUUAGUUGUUGCAGGGAAAUUUAUAUCUUUUCUUAAGGGCUGUUGCAACCAUAGAAACAGAAAACAAGUCUUUUUCUUGUCUGGACUAUCAGCACUCCUAGCGACAUCCACUUUUAUUCCUCGGUGGAGCAGAGAGAAGAUUAGCUGGAGCUCCUGCAGUUUGUAAAAUGUGCCUGUGAUGAGCUGCAGUCAAGUGAAUCACUUCACACAGAUACCAGAAUCUUUAGGGACCACGUCAAUCAGGCCUGAUUCACCAAAAAAUACCCAGUGGAUUUCAGAUAACCUCCGAUACAGGUUGCAUGUGCUUGUCUGGACCCAUACAGCGCAAAGUCAACGAUGUAGAAAUGAAUUUCAGCUCUUCCAAGUCAUGCAUCUUACCCAGUAGCUGAGGGCAGCUUCUCUCGUUUAGCAAGAUCACCUCUCUUUGACCUUCAGUUUUGAACCCAUAUAGUUCCAUCAUUAUGUGCAUCUCUGAAAAAUGCCCACCUGAGUCUUGGGACCAGAUAGUUAUUCUAAAAAGCGGUAUGUUGCUGGUUUGUACGCAGAGCACGUGCAUCUCUGUGCAACUUAAUCGCUGUUGAUUAACUUCUGCAGUAGUGAAGAAAGAGACAUUGAUGUGAAGAGCAAUACAAGGUUACUAGAAAGGGUGUUGCUCAGAAGCAAAUUUCUGCCCGGGAGACUGGCAGGGUCAUGACCACAUGAAAUCAGAAUCCUUUCCUAAGAUUUUUGCAUUCUCACCUCGUGUGUCUUUGACAGCAGGGUGGGAAUUGGUCACCGAGUUAGACUGUCCAAAACAAGCCCAACCCAAAAGGCAGAAAUGCUGUUGUAUUCUCAAACUGAUUAUUCAGCAGCUCUAAAUAUGUUUUGAGAAAUGCAAGGUCAUACGCUGGGCUCCAACAAGAAGGAAGUUCACUCCAUCACAAGACAGGGAUAUAAAAAGGUCCAGAGAGGAGAAUUCAGCCCAAGUUUUGCUCUUGCCCCUACAACUGCCCUCAGCUUCUUUUGCUUCUUUCUCCAUAACCUGGUUUGAGAGUCUGUUUACACGGGAUCUGAAUUAAUUCAGGAAGGAACUUUUGUUUAUGUGACAUUAUUAUUGCUUAAUUCAGGCGAAGCUUGGUUAAGCACCGUGUUAGUGCAUGCUGGUAGUGACUAAUAUAAAAUAGCCACGCUUUUUUUUUUAUUUAGGGGCUUUUUUCUUUUCUUGGCACAUCUCAAUUAUAAAUGUGACCUUUAAAAGAAAGGUAGGUUAUAGAUGAGAGAUGCAUUUAAUACUUUUGCACAUGGAUAUAUAAUCCCCAUGCUGGAAAUAGGUUCUGUCUGCAGUAGUCCCUUGAAUUUUCAUUUCAUCUGUUGCUGUUCUGUUACCUUCAUUGCCUGGUUUUUAGGCUGGACUUUGUGUAUUUUUGCUUUUACUUCUUUUAAACAAUGGAUGUGAAGCUGGGGCCUUUCAUAACCAUUAUGACCAUUUAAGUCUCUCUAAAAAAAAAUUGCUGUAGGCUGUUGAUAUUUAAAAAUAAAAAUAAAAAUCAGGUACAUAGCAUGUAGGCGUGUGAAAAUUAGACUUUGCCAGCAUGGAAGAUUCAACAGUUGCAUAAUGUGGGGUUAGAUCAGACUUUUCAAAAUUGAAAAUGACGUCAGAAACUGUGUGUGGCUGUGCACAAGUAAUCUCCAUUUUUAGUCUUUUUAUUUUAUAGCAAGUCAGAGAGACACCAUCAUUUAGCAGGCAGCUCGUCCUGCUUCUCCUCUCCUCCCAUGCUGCUUUAGAGUUCCCCAACUGCAGCCGGUCCCUGCAUCAGCUGGGAACCAGGGGAUAACACAACUAAGAGCUGCAAGCAAUACAGGUCAUCAGGGCCCUCCUCGUCAUAGUGUUUUAUUGCUUUCGCACCGAGGACCCUGCUCCAUCUUCUGUUUCCUUUUUCCUGUUGAGCAUUCUUAGGGCUUCCUUCUUGGUUUUAAUAUAAAAUACGAUUUUCAAUGUGAUUCUGGGUAGAGGGGUGCAAAAGACUCUGUGAACAAAUUAUUUUAUUUUUCCAUACUUUUUUUCCACUUUUUUUCCACUUUUUUUCCACUUUAGUCAGGUCUAUCUCAGAUCCAGUUCAUUAGGAAUGUAUUAAGCCACUCUUAAAUUGCAGGAGAAGUGUUUCUAUGGGAUUGCAUGGAUUUAACAGAUGGAGUUCAAUACUGGCGCAUUAAACCAGUGCACAGCUCUGACACGGGCAGUUGUUUCCGGGUGCUUCGUGCCCACCAGAGGAGCGAUGGGGGCGUCCUCAGAGGAAUCCCCGCUCCGGCUCUUCUAGUCGUGCCCCAAAUGUAUGUUUUCCUUACCUGCUCUAGCUCUGAUGUUGAGUUGUUAGGGAUGCGUGUACAUGGCUCUACGCUGUGGGGAAGCUCCCUCCUUCAAGCAUCCAGGGUCUUGCUGUAAUUACCCCUUUCUCUUUUUCCUUCCCAACAGCAGUGAGUUGAGAGCUUCUGUGUAUAAUCACUUAAAAACCUCCCCCCAAACUCCAUCUCUUUUAACCUUUCCAUCUCUUUCAUUUUAUUUUUGCUCUUCAAAAGCCGCAAGUGCACGAGGAGGAGGCGGUGCGUGCUCUCAGGAGCAUUUGGAGGCCAGCCGCAGCUCCCCUCUCCGGCCUGGCCCCCUCCCUGCCCCGGGACUGGAGCUCCAUGUGCCCGCUGAGCGGGGACCGUCGGCGUCACCUUGACGCUCUGUGGUGGCCCAGCAAUAACCCCUGCGUGCCAAACUGUGAGCCCCACACUGCUCCUCAGGGACUCGUCCCAGCAUCGAAACUCACCCUCCCUUCUGGCGGGAGCGCCGGGGUGGCCAGCCUUCCCCCACUGAAAUGCCCGCACCGUCCCGUGGAUGCAUUUGUUCCUCCUUUUGUGCCCGUUGGGGAUUCAGCCCAUGCCAGGAGCUGCGCUCAGCUGGCAGCCGCCUCCUUAGGGAUGGUCCCAAACGCUGCCGGGGCCAGGGAAUCCCUGUCCAAGAGAGGGUCUGCAGAGCUUAGUUUUAUUUGCUAUUAAGAUACAGUGCUGUGCAAACCCUGGUUUCCCCGUGCUAUCAGCAGUGAAGUUGGUCAUCGCUCCAUUUCCAUCGAGCCUGAGCGGAGGUGUCUUUAUACGAGGUUGUAGCUCACCUUGGGCAAUCGAGGGUUCCCUUUCUGGGCACAGGUUUCUCCCUCUAAGUGGUUGAUGUCAGGAUCUAUCCUACCUCAGUUACAUGGUCUUUCAUUAAUAAAGGUCUUGUGCUUGGCACUUCCCGUGCCGAUACCUGCCGGCUGCGCCGCCGCGGGUCCCGCCGUGCUGCCCAUCCUGCCUGUCCGGCCCUGGUGGCAUCGACAAGCUGGUGGCUCUGGGAGCAAAAAUCUGUGCUGGCCUCUUGUGUCGCCAGGUUAGAAAGUGUCUUACUCCUUUCUGGGCUUUCCAGUGAGAUGCUCCUUUAAGCUGGUGUUAGAGCUGCUGAAUAAUGGUGGGGUUUUUUCUGGUGGCCAAAAUGAGAAAUAAACAGGUCCACUUUGUAUUAGCACAAAACCUAAAAAUAAUCAGUGACAUAAAAAUAUAUCGAGAGAAUUGUUUUCAAGGGGAAAGAAUGUUUCAUUAGAUAUGUUAUUCCACAUUUUGGAAAAUGACCUUAGCCUCAUCUCUGGAAUAAAUUAUUUCAAAAUGAAAAACUGAAACAUUGUUCACACCCCAAAAUAAAACAGGUUAACCUUUUGCUUUUUUCCUA